CACAUGACCGAGUGUUCGGCUUGGUUACUUCCUGUAAUCACGGCUGUUUUUGCUGCGGGAUAAAAUAACGGAUUUCUGCUUCCCGGUGCCAAAACGUAGCUGCAGUCCAGAUCCUGACAGUUAAGUGUUGAGGGGACACCUGUUAUCUAAACUGCGGGGAGAUGAUUUUCGGAGGGGCGGGUAGCUACUUGACUGGGUAAACCGACCACACCGCCCGUCCUUUCGAUUUAGAAAAUAAAACAAACGCAGCAUUUUAUCUGCUAGAAGAGAUACAGCUUGCUGCUUUUUCCCUCUGCGUGAACAACGUUAACGAUAACACCAGCAUAAGUGGUGGCUACUUUACAUUAGCUCUCUUUCCCCUCUGUCUUUUUGCGGUAUGUCAAAGUACACAAGCUUUCCGGAGCCGAUGGAGGACCACAACCCUUUCCAGGACCCUGCAGUGACUCAACACAGCAGCAACACAGGAUAUGCCACACUGGACCUGUACAACCCAUUUGAUAACACCACUGGGGUGAACAAUAUGUCCUCCUUACCUCCUCCACCACAGUAUGAAGCCACCUCUCCCUCCGCUCCAUCUGUGCCUGCACAGACUCCGCCCAGCAGGACCACACCCACUGAGCCUCGCAACUAUGGCUCCUAUAACUCCCAGACUGUAGUGAAUGCUACCACAGCAGAGCUCCAGAGGAAGCAGGAGGAGCUGGAGAAGAAAGCCCGGGAGCUGGAGAAGAGAGAGAGGGAGCUGGAGUCACACAGCCUGGGACCAGGAGCCUCCCGUCAGAAUAACUGGCCCCCGCUGCCUUCGUUCUGCCCCGUGGGCCCCUGCUUCUACCAGGACAUCAAUGUGGAGAUCACUCAGCGCUUCCAGCGCAUUGUCACAAUCAUGUACUACUUCUGGAUGUUCUGCACUUUCACGUUGCUUUUCAACCUGAUCUCCUGCCUGGCCAUGUUCUGUGCAAACACAAGCAAUGGUGUUGGCCUGGGCCUCGCCAUCCUCUGGGCCAUCCUCUUCACCCCCUGCUCCUUCGUCUGUUGGUACCGACCUGUGUACAAAGCCUUCAGGAGUGACAGCUCCUUCAAUUUCUUUGUCUUCUUCUUCGUUUUCUUUGCCCAUGUGGUCGUCUGCGUCAUCAUGACUAUUGGUAUCCCUGGAUGGGGUUUCAGUGGGUGGAUCGUGAGCCUGGCUGCUCUGAAAUUCAGCAUCCCCGUUGGUGCAAUCAUGAUGAUAAAUGCAAUCCUCUUUACAGCCCAAGCUGCCAUGGGAGUUGUCUUACUCAAGAAGAUCCACGGUCUGUACAGGCAGACCGAUGCCAGCUUUCAGAAGGCCCAAGCUGAGUUCGCCACCGGAGUCAUGUCCAAUCAGGCUGUACGCCAGGCUGCUGCCAGUGCCGCCUCCGGCGCUGCCCAGGGGGCCUUCACUGCACCCCGAUAGAGUGGGAUGACAGAGGUUGGGAGGGUGAGAAGCAGAGGAGGAGAAGGGCCCUUUCAGCUCGAUAGAGGAUCAGUUUGGUAUUUAUUUCCCCACAGGUGGUUAGAAUUGGGUGAUGGAGGGAGGUGGGGAAACUGAGUAUAUAUAAUUACCCAUGGGCAACUGAACUUUAGGGCACUUGCAUGAUACAGAAGUGGGGGUUGUCUUAUUUCUAAAGGUGUACAGGACAAGUUAGCUACACGGCCAAACCAAGCGUCAACACAUUGUGCUGAAUCAAGAAACAGACAGAUGGUGUGAGAUGUGAAAACAGUAAGAUGUGAAGCUGUAUGAAAUUCAGUGGAGUUGUACCAAAUGUCAGUGAAUGCAGGGAAAAUGCUUUUUUUUGUAUGAAAAUACAAGCUUUGUGCCAAGUUUGACAGUUGUACCCAGGAUACUCCACUUUUUUUUUAAUGACCUGGAUGCACAGUAUAAUUAUAAGGAGCCACGUUCGAGACCUAGUCUACAGGUUGGAGCCGAGCGCUGAGAUGCUAUCUAAUUGGGUGGCUUAACUUUGGCCAGCACUUUUUUUUUUUUAAUUGUUUGUUGUUGUUGCUUAAGUAUAAACUAACUAAAGUUUUGUUACUACUUCUAAUGAGAAUGCCUAUUUACCUAACUGCCAAACUUUAUGAAUGUGUUGUUUUGGUUACAAAUAUAUCUCUCACUGUUCUGUUGGUGUUGUUUGUGGUUCUUAGGACUAUAACAAGUCACUGUCUUGGUUUUAAUAAAAAAUAUAUUGUCAUGCUCA